AUGACAACUAAAGCAGAUCAAGGCGUACCAGUCACAUCCCUUAACAUCCAGCAGAUUAUGAAUCUCAAGAAGCAAUUCGAAGAGGAACUUACUCAAUUACAAGCAACAAUUCAGCUUACAAAUGAAACAGUUCUCAAAACACAGCAGGCUAAAGCGGAAUUAAAGCAAUUCACAUCUGUUGAAACAGGAAGAACAAUGCUUGUCCCAAUUACUGAAAGCCUUUAUGUUACAGGAACUGUUUCAUCACAGAAGAGACCAAUUAUUGAACUCGGAACAGGUUACUUUGCUGAAACAAGCGUAGAAAAGGCUGAGGCUUUCUUCAAUCGUAGACUUAAGAGAUUAAAUGCUCAGCAAGAAAAUCUUAAGAAUUCUUUCAAGGAAAAGCAGCAGCAAUAUCAAAUGGUUGUUCAAGUUGCAAAUCAAAAGAUACAGGCUACUCAGCAAAAGCAGUAA